AUGAUAAACGUAUUCAAUUCUCCCAUUGAAGCUGCCACACUGGAUGAAUUCCAUGAGGGACCAGCUCGUGAAGGCGAGCAGAAAGUUUUCACAAAUACAAGAAAACGACCAGUGGUAUCUUAUCGUUCGGAUGGAAGAAAAACUGUGGACGGUCAAGUAACGGAGGAACGGCCAGCAAACGUUCUUUGGACCAAAGCUAUCAACAACGGAGUUGCCAAUGAAUGGCGAGAAAAGGCCGAAGGCAGCAGAUUAUACAAAGUGAAGCGAUACGUCGCCAAUCUGUGCUAUGAUUGCCGAGUAAUGGCAAACACCUAUUCCAGAAAACACUUCACUUACCUUCUAAUAAUUUUGAAUGUUUCAUUAGUUCUCAUUGCUUUGCAUAUAUUCAAACUUAUUGUGUGGUGA